AGUAGGAGGCGGCAAGUUUGAAAAGUGACAACGGUUGAUGUUUGCUGAUUUUUGACUUUGCUUGUAGCUGCUCCCCGAACUCGCCGUCUUCCUGUCGGCGGCCGGCACUGUAGGUGAGCGCCAGAGGACGGAGGAAGGAAACCUGUGGACGCCUUCUCCAUCCCAAGGCGCGGGCAGGUGUCGGGACGCUGGGCCUGGCGGUGUUUUCGUCGUGCUCAGCGGUGGGAGGAGGCGGAAGAAACCAGCGCCUGGGAGAUUAACAGGAAACUUCCAAGAUGGAAACUUUGUCUUUCCCCAGAUAUAAUGUAGCUGAGAUUGUGAUUCAUAUUCGCAAUAAGAUCUUAACAGGAGCUGAUGGUAAAAACCUCACCAAGAAUGAUCUUUAUCCAAAUCCAAAGCCUGAAGUCUUGCACAUGAUCUACAUGAGAGCCUUACAAAUAGUAUAUGGAAUUCGACUGGAACAUUUUUACAUGAUGCCAGUGAACUCUGAAGUCAUGUAUCCACAUUUAAUGGAAGGCUUCUUACCAUUCAGCAAUUUAGUUACUCAUCUGGACUCAUUUUUGCCUAUCUGCCGGGUGAAUGACUUUGAGACUGCUGAUAUUCUAUGUCCAAAAGCAAAACGGACAAGUCGGUUUUUAAGUGGCAUUAUCAACUUUAUUCACUUCAGAGAAGCAUGCCGUGAGACGUAUAUGGAAUUUCUUUGGCAAUAUAAAUCCUCUGCGGACAAAAUGCAACAGUUAAACGCUGCACACCAGGAGGCAUUAAUGAAACUGGAGAGACUUGAUUCUGUUCCAGUUGAAGAGCAAGAAGAGUUCAAGCAGCUUUCAGAUGGUAUUCAGGAGCUACAACAAUCACUAAAUCAGGAUUUUCAUCAAAAAACGAUAGUGCUGCAAGAGGGAAAUUCCCAAAAGAAGUCAAAUAUUUCAGAGAAAACCAAGCGUUUGAAUGAACUAAAAUUGUCAGUGGUUUCUUUGAAAGAAAUACAAGAGAGUUUGAAAACAAAAAUUGUGGAUUCUCCAGAGAAGCUAAAGAAUUAUAAAGAAAAAAUGAAAGAUACGGUCCAGAAGCUUAAAAAUGCUAGACAAGAAGUGGUGGAGAAAUAUGAAAUCUAUGGAGACUCAGUUGACUGCCUGCCUUCAUGUCAGUUGGAAGUGCAGUUAUAUCAGAAGAAAAUACAGGACCUUUCAGAUAAUAGGGAAAAAUUAGCCAGUAUCUUAAAGGAGAGCCUGAACUUGGAGGACCAAAUUGAGAGUGAUGAGUCAGAACUGAAGAAAUUGAAGACUGAAGAAAAUUCGUUCAAAAGACUGAUGAUUGUAAAGAAGGAAAAACUUGCCACAACACAAUUCAAAAUAAAUAAGAAGCAUGAAGAUGUUAAGCAAUACAAACGCACAGUAAUUGAGGAUUGCAAUAAAGUUCAAGAAAAAAGAGGUGCUGUCUAUGAACGAGUAACCACAAUUAAUCAAGAAAUCCAAAAAAUUAAACUUGGAAUUCAACAACUAAAAGAUGCUGCUGAAAGGGAGAAACUGAAGUCCCAGGAAAUAUUUCUAAACUUGAAAACUGCUUUGGAGAAAUACCACGACGGUAUCGAAAAGGCAGCAGAGGACUCCUAUGCUAAGAUAGAUGAGAAGACAGCUGAACUGAAGAGGAAGAUGUUCAAAAUGUCAACCUGAUUAACAAAAUUACAUGUCUUUUUGUAAAUGGCUUGCCAUCUUUUAAUGUUCUAUUUAGAAAGAAAAGUUGAAGCGAAUGGAAGUAUCAGAAGUACCAAAUAAUGUUGGCUUCAUCAGUUUUUAUACAGUCUCAUAAGUAGUUAAUAAGAUGAAUUUAAUGUAGGCUUUUAUUAAUUUAUAAUUAAAAUAACUUGUGCAGCUAUUCAUGUCUCUACUCUGCCCUUUGUUGUAAAUAGUUUGAGUAAAACAAAACUAGUUACCUUUGAAAUAUAUAUAUUUUUUUCUGUUAC